AUGGUUGUGUUUUGUGGACCAACUGGGAACAAGUUCUUGUUCAGCAAUGAGAACAAGCUGGUCAACCUUUGGUGGCCAACUUCAGUGAAGAAGCUGUUGAAAUCAAGUGUGGUUAAUGUAGUUGGAGAUGAGGUUAAGAGGAUGAGGAAGAUACUCUUGACCUCUGUUGAUCCAGAUGCACUCAAGAGCAUUGAUGACCUUGUGCACAUUUCAAAGCUUGCAAAUCAAUUUGAUGUCUUUCUUAGAGGAGUAAUUCAUUUCCCAGUCAACAUUUUGGGCACAAGAUUUUACCAUGCUUCAAAAGCUACUGAUGCAAUCAAGGAAGAGCUUCGAUUGAUUGCUAGACAUAAAAGAACAGCUCUAGACCAGAAAAUAAGGUUAGAGAUGAAAGUCGACCAUAAUGAUCCGAGAGUCCCAUAUGGAAGGGCUCUUGCUCAAUGGAUCAAAGUUCUUCACUACUCAUACGAGAAGGAGUCUCUUUCCUUAAAGCUGAGAUUAGGAAAAGCUUCUUCUCCUGGACCAGUUGUAGCCUUAGAUUCUCUUUCUUUGGAUCUUUCUUUCGAUCAAGGAAUUUUUAAGUGUGUGAGUGUGAGUUCGAACCAAUCAGCUUUCAAGCUCUCCAAGGGUAGCUAUCAAACGAGCCAAGCUAGUAGCACUGUCCAUCAUUCUAGUUAG